AUGGAUAAAAGCGAUUUAUAUCGUUUUGCUCUUUUGAAUCAUUGGAGAAAGGAAAGGGAAAAGUAUCCCCGGCCUAAUCCAUAUGAGGAUGGUAGCGAAUUCGAAGAUGAAUUCGAUUUGGAUGAUAUUGAAUUGGAUGAGAUUGAUUUGAGAGAAGGUGAUGAUGAAUGCAUGAUGGAGUUAAGAGCUGAGGUGCCAUCAUCUGAUGAUGAUGAGGUUGGGGAUGAUGAUGAUGAGGAUAAUAAAGUUGGGUAUGAGGUUGAGGAUGAGGAUGAUGAUGAUGAGGGUGAUGGAGUUGAGGAGCUGAAUAGUGAGGAAUUGACUUACCCAACAUUCCUAUUCAGUGAUGUACAGAUAGCGAAACUUUAUAAGAUGGAUGUUGUACACGAUAAGGACUCAAUCGAAUUUGGUAUUGAGGACGAUAGAUUGAAAAGUCGUGAUGGUCCUUUCUUAAGAGACGAAAUAGACUUUUGGCAACGAAGUGAUAUAGAGUUGACCAUGAAUGAACAAUCUGAACAAAAACAGAAAGGAUGCUUUCAUUGCUUCGCUCGAAUGUUCAGGAGACUGUUCAAGAGAAAGUAAAUCACAACUUGCCUUAAGUAAAUCACGAAUUGUCCUUAAGAAAAUCACGACUUGUCUUAGUAAAUCACGACUUGGUUGCUAGUAAAUGAAG